GUGUCAGAAGCCACGAUGUCGGGUAAAAACUUCCAGGGACUGAAGGAACAGGCUGAAGGUGCAGCUAAAGAUGCUGCAAACACAUUGGGACGGGCUACUGAGGGUGCAGUCAACCAGAUUACAGAUGCAAGUCAGAAAGCUAUUGACAAGGCUUCCAAGGCGGCGCAAGAUGAAGUAGAAAAAGCAACUGGACACACUGCAGAAGCAAUAUCUGGCCUUGGGAAAAAAUGUGGAUUUGAGAAAUGA